GUUUAAUUUGUCGUCUAUUUGAACGUACGAAAAUCUUUCAUCAGUGAAAAGACGGUGAACUAAAUCGUUUGGAAGAUCAGCAGCAUCAUUGUGUUGAAAUGUUUCUGCCAUGUUUGGACAACUUUAUCAUAGGGAUAGAAAAUAUAGCGGUUUAAGACCAAACUCCAAAUUUAGAUAUCUCGUCGAACAAGUUGAUGAUCAAUCUCCGUUGUGUGACUUUACUGUGAAGGUUGGAUUAUGGACAAAACGAUUUCAUCGAUGCGUGCUUGCCUCAAGCCGUUUUUUCCAACGAGCUAUGAGUGCAAACUUUACAGAAAAGCAAAGAGGACUGGUGGAUGUAAGUGUUGGUACGCCUAAUUCAGUUGAGAUGGCAAUAAUGUACCUAUAUGGCGUGGUGCCAGAUAUAAACAUAGACAAUAUAGAGCUACUUCUUGAACAAGCGGAAUACUUUAUGAUUGAAGGUCUUAAAAUUACUUGCAUCAAUUGGCUUUGGGAUUUUGAAAUUACGAAAGAAACGUACAUAUACGUACUGAAACUAUCUUCGGUGUACAAUUUCGAAGUUCCAAACUGCAUGGAAUAUGUAGAAAGCCAUCUGCCCGAAAUUUUCAAAACAGAAGAUGCACUGUACUUUUCAAGGGAAUUAAUCCAAAAGCUAUUCACUGACGAACGACUCUCUUAUGUAUCGAUGGACGAACGGAUUAUUGUUUCUAAUGCACUGGGUCAGAAAUAACUCGGAUGAGACAAAAGCAAAUGUUAAGGAACUCUUUGACACAAUUGAUAUACAAGAUAUUACCGAUUCUCUUUUGCGGGAAGCUUCUUGUGUGGCAUAUUAAAUGAUUUUAUGGUUUCAAGCAAUGUGGAACGCACGUUACAUGGAGGUGAAUGUAAAUGUGAUGUUUUACUCAUGACAGGUGAGAAAGGUUCCCUUUUGUGCUUUAAUCCUCGAAAACGACACGUGGUAUAAACUGAUUCCUGAAAACAGCAACGACAUUCUUUAUAGAAA